GAAGCAACAUAUAGCCGUCAGCUCGACAGCACAUCCCAGUCUCAUCCUUCCUUGCCUGCCGCGCCUCCGCCCAAAGCCGCGACUCCCUUGCCUUGCUUGCUCGUUUCCACCACCUACAGUUGAGCUGAAAGUUACUGAAAUUAACCCACAGCUAAGCCGACAACUACUGAAUUAACCCAUAUCAAAUACUGUUGUGAAGUGAGUUAACCUACCGAACUGAUCGAACAAAGCUGGUUCAGAUUUUUUCAAGGGCUUUGAAAAUCAAAAUGGAAGUAGAAUAUGCAGAACAAGUAAAUCUGGAACAGAAGAAGCAUAAAGGUAAACAUGAUAAGCCAAAGCCAUGGGACGAGGACCCGAACAUUGAUCGUUGGAAAAUUGAAAAGUUCGACUCUUCUUGGAACCAAGAUGGAUUGUUGGAAGUCAGCUCUUUUUCCACUAUCUUCCCUCGCUACCGAGAAAAAUACUUGCAAGAAGCUUGGCCAAAGGUUAAAUCAGCUUUGAAAGAAUAUGGUAUUGCUGCUGACCUCAACUUGGUUGAAGGGUCUAUGACAGUUUCGACGACAAGGAAAACUAGGGAUCCAUAUAUUAUCAUAAAAGCCAGGGAUCUCAUCAAGCUUCUAUCAAGAAGUGUUCCUGCACCUCAGGCCGUCAAAAUACUUGAUGAUGAAAUUCAGUGUGACAUUAUAAAAAUUGGAAACUUGGUCCGCAACAAGGAACGAUUUAUUAAAAGAAGGCAGCGUCUUGUGGGGCCAAAUUCUUCGACUUUAAAGGCACUUGAAAUAUUGACAGGCUGCUACAUUCUUGUUCAGGGAAACACUGUCGCUGCUAUGGGUUCAUUUAAAGGUUUAAAACAAGUCAGGAAGAUUGUGGAGGACUGCAUAGAGAAUAAAAUGCAUCCUGUAUACCAUAUCAAGAUUCUCAUGAUGAAGAAAGAACUUGAGAAGGAUCCGGCACUUAAAGAUGAAAACUGGGACAGGUUUCUUCCGAAGUUCAAGAAGAAAAAUGUUCAAACAAAGAAGGUUAAAAGUAAAGAGAAGAAACCAUAUACACCAUUCCCUCCUCCUCAGCAACCUAGUAAGAUUGAUCAAGAACUGGAAUCCGGAGAAUACUUUUUGAGCGAGAAAAAGAAAGUAGCGAAGAAAUGGCAAGAGAAGCAGGAGAAGCAGGCAGAGAAAACAGCUGAAAACAAAAGAAAAAGAGAAGAAGCAUUUGUUCCUCCCAAGGAAACCGCGAAGCAAGAUUCUAACAAUUCCGAGAGCAAGGAAGACGUCACUUCCCUCGCUAAAUCGUUGAAGCAAAAGGCCAAGGAGUUUGGAAAGAAAAAAUCUCUGCAGAAUAUCAAUGCCGAAGAAUAUAUUUCGGCCCCCGCUGCCGAACCACCCUCGAAAAAGAAAAAGAAAUCCAAGAAUACCUAGUAUAGGUCAAGUAUAAAUUUUAGUCUAGACAAGUUCA